CCCGAUGAUGUACGAAGAAGGCGCAGUACGCUUCCGACUACACUUGUGUACCUAGCUGCCCUCGCCUCGCCGUCGUCGCCCUACGUGUCUUCCUUCAUGCAUACCAGGUCCAGGCAUCCGCGUCCGACAGCGCUUGUUACAGGUCCGCAGUACAAGUGCAUCGCACGCUCAGCAUCUUCCACUCACAGCUUCUUGGUCGCACUACCAUGGUCGUCCUCAUAACCUAUUGACUCAGCUACCAAUACCGACGGCACCGCACAAUACGAGCCCGGAAUUCCUUUGUUGUUGCUUUGUUCACUCCGGUCCUCUAGCCCCUGGAUCGCGAGCACUUGCAACGCUGGCUACGGAAGGCAUUCGGGGAUCAACCUGCCAGUAUGGCAGCGAAAGAUGGAGCGGAGGAGGCACUAUUAUACCGCGAGCAAUCUGGCAGCAGUGCGGAAUACGACUCAGAUACCGAGUAUGAGCUGGACGACUACAAUGGCAUUGGUUCAAUCAUAGCGAUCGCAAGGAGACGGACGCCAAAAUGGUGGAGGUCGAGACAUCGAAGGAGAGGCUCUGGUCCUCUUUUCCACGCGCCCCGGCGGCGACGGUCACCCUUGUGCAGAUUGGUGCAGCUCAUAGCACUUUUUCCCUAUCUGAUAUUCGGACUCCUGUUGAUCGCUGGUGUCUUCUUCCCAGGAUACUCCCAUGCGCCCCUGCGCUACCAGGAACUGCGCGAUCGGGUUCUAGUGUACGGACAAUCUGCCAACAUUCACAACGAAAAGGUCUUCAUUGCAGCGAGCUUAUACGACCAGGAGGGCGAAGUAGUUUCAGGCGAAUGGGGCCAAUCGGUACUGCAUCUGAUCAAUAUUCUUGGACCACAGAACGUCUUCUUGAGCAUAUACGAAAACGACCCUGAUCCUAUGGCCAAGGCCGCGCUCGAUUCAUUCUCGAAGAAUGUGACCUGUGCAAAAUCCAUUGUCGCAGAGACACUAGAUCUUAGCAAGCUUCACCAUGUUUCCACACCGGAUGGUACAAAACGACUCAAGAGAAUCGAAUUCCUAGCGGAUGUUCGAAAUCGCGCGCUACGGCCUCUGGAGGACGCAAACUCGGUGGCGCACAGCACUCGAUACGAUAAGCUGCUGUACCUCAACGAUGUGGUCUUUGACCCGAUCGAUGCGGCGAAUUUGCUGUUCUCGACUAACGCAAACGAGCUCACCGGCAGGACACAGUAUCGGGCAGCUUGUGCGACUGACUUCAUUAUGCCGUUCAAAUUCUACGACACAUUUGCGACGCGAGAUCUGGAAGGCUAUGACAUGGGAGUGCCUUUCUACCCCUGGUUCACUGGAGCUGGUAAAGCGGAGAGCAGGAAAGAUGUUCUUGAACAGAAGGAUGCCGUGAGAGUUAAGAGUUGCUGGGGAGGCAUGGUGGCAUUCGAAGCGAUGUGGUUCCAAAUGGAUUUGCACACUCUCGCGGGCGACAAUGUCCUCCCUUCUCGGCUACCCAAGACUCAGCCAGCACAUCUGAGCUAUCAUCCUGACCCGCGGGACGCUAGUCAUGAAGUGCUGCACAUUGACACAUUCAACUCCUCGUUACGGUUCCGGGCGGAGCACGAUACUUACUGGGAUGGGUCAGAAUGUUGUUUGAUCCAUGCCGACCUCACAGCGAUGGACCCGGCCUCACUACCCGUCAACGAAACUGGGAUUUAUAUGAACCCAUAUGUUCGAGUCGCGUACUCGAGCUCAGUGUUGCCUUGGCUGCACUUCGUCAAGAGAUUUGAGCGCCUGUACACACCGAUUCACACUAUUGUGGACUGGAUAGCCAGACGACCUUCCUUCAACCCACGGCAAUUCCAAGAACCUGGCGACGAAGUGAUCGACGAAGUGUGGACCUGGGACGCAGAAAGUCUGGCAGCCAUCCGCAACGGCACCGAUAAGUCACAUUCUAGCCUCACUGGGACAUAUAAAGAAGUAAAACGCACUGCUCUUCCCGGAGGCUUCUGUGGGGCGAGAAAGAUGCUAUACAUCAACGAGGACCCCUCCAAUGGUCUGGGAAAGUGGGCGUCGGAGAAAUUGCCGCCUGUCGACUGAUCGAUGCGAUCUGAUUUAUUUGCUUGCGUUUUAGCGUGGUGCCCUCCUGACUUGGAGCGGAGUUUGUAUUUGCAUUGCUGAUCCCAAGUGCUGGAGAGACAGCUGUGAGUGGUUAUUCAAAAGAUCUGGGUACGGCCGUUCAGCA